ACAACAUCCGAAUUUUGAUUUAAAUUGCAAUCGGUCGUGUUGCUGCGCUGUUGGCACUGAAACGAAUCCAAAAAAAGACAAGCUAUUUUUUUAAUUUUUAAAUAUUGAUAGCUGUUACUGUGCCACAAAGUUUUUGUCCAGUAUUGUUAACGCCCCCGCGCAGAAAACAGAGAUUGCAAAAUAAUCAAAAAAAAAAAGAUAAAAAAGAGGGAAGACCAACAAGUGCUCUUACACACACACACACAUACACACACGGCGAAACAAUUGCGAAUGCGCUUUUUGCACCAAUUGAAAGUGAAUUGCAAGUGAAAAUAGACUAAAAGUGGAACAAUUCCGAGCAAAUUGUUGCACACGAAAAUAACAAAACAGCUGUGCGCCGUUAUUUUUUUGUUGUUGUUUGUUUGUUUGUUUUUGUUGCCUGUCCCCGGUGCGUGGGAGAGCUAAAGGUGUAAAGGAGACAGAGAUAGCGGUAACCGCUGCAUCUGCAAUAUUUACUGAUAGUAAGAGCGAGCGAGAAAGAAGGACAUCAUGACCGACCUCAACGAGUUAAUGGGAUCCCCAUUUGUGCGUGUGAAGCUUGUUGCCUUUGUGCACUUCUUCUUCAUCUCGAAUGCCAUGCUAGGAAGUUGGGGCCACGGGGCGUAUGAGUUCUACAACUUCCUAUUCAUUAUAGCCAUGUUUUGGACGAUACACAGCAAGGAUUCCAUCGAAGCGGUACAAACGGCGCUCGUCAUCAACGCUUCUAGCAUUUUCUUUGAUAUAGUCAGCAUUGCUCUUCAUUAUGGUAUCAUGAAUGGCUGGGCCAUUGCCUUUAGCAUCAUUAAUCUGAUCCUGCGACCUGUGAGCGUGGCCCUGCUCUAUAGGGAGUUCAAUACAAGGGGUGGAACCCUGCAGACUGGAUCGGUCUUCCCAACUAGCCAGCAGCGCAGCUAUCAGGACAUCGAUCGGCCAACACAGCCCACACCGACCAAUUCGCAGCCUGGUCCCAAUGUGGCCAGCAUCUUCUAGGCUCUCCAAGACCCUUCCAAGUACCUAGACACACCACCACCAACACCAUCACAUCGUUAACACUAAGGAGACAGCGAAGGAUCGCUGAGCAUCCUCGAAACGGAACAGCAAAGACAACCAAUUUAUAUAGAAAGACUCCACUAGUCAGUGUCGCUGCCUGCUAAAAAUGAAGAAAAACAAAAGAAAAUUCCCCGUGAAAGCGAUUCAAAAUAAUAUGUGUUGUAGUUUUUUUUUUUUUAUCAAAGGAGCGUUGUUUUGUUAGUGCAAUAUAUUGUGAGAGAGAGACAACGAUUAAGGUUAAGCAUUGUGUAGUUAAAAAAUAUGGAAACGGAAUUUCAAAAUGAGAAGAAAACUGUGUGCGUGUUUUCCUUGUCCCAUAUAAACAUUUUUUUUUACGUUGUUAACGAAUCAAGACGGCUAAUCAAAUAAAUGAUACAUAUAUAUAUAUAUUUAUAUUCGUAUUUGUAUAACAAAGAUUACAAUUCUACUUUAUACUUAUCCUAGAUAACGUUAACGCUAUUUGUAAACUGUAAACUGUAAAACCCAACAGAAUAUUCGAAAAAUAAAAAGCGGGCGUCAUCGUUUGUAAAACAAUAAA